AGUGGGUCAUAUGGUGAAUUUACUGUGUUGUGGUUUCAGUGGUGCAUGUCACAGACUAUCAAUGGGUUCGACGAUGUUAAGUUUGAGGCAGCAAGUGUGCUGGCAGAUCUGUUUGAGGCCCAGGGCCAGCCAUCACUUUCAAAGCCCAUUCUACGGAAGGCCAUUGAGUUGUCUCAGCACAGUGUGUACUGGCACUGCAGGCUAAUAUUCCAACUAGCACAAAUCCAUGCCACUGAGAAAGAGUAUGAAGUGGCAAGCAGUUUGUUAGGAGUUGGAGUUGACUAUGCACAGAUAUCAAAUGUGGCCUAUACACGCGUCCUUUUCUUACUCAGUAGGGUUAUGCUGUUGUUAAUAGACAAGAGGAUCACAGAGGUAUUACCACUCCUGAACCAGGCUGGUCACCUAGUGGACGCAUGGAGCGGCAGCCACCACCAGAAAGAGUACCUCAAGGUGUUCUUCCUUGUUCUACAGGUGUGUCACUACUUAAUGGCCGGGCAGGUGAAGAGCGUGAAGCCGUGUUUGAAGCAGCUGCAGCAGAGCAUACAAGCUAUUAUGGCGCCGCAGUGGCCCGACGAUGACACUGUUUGCGGCAGCGUGCAAGGCGAGUCGUUCGUGUGGAUGUCGCGGCAACAGCUGUACGUGCUGGUGUACCUCGUCACCGUCAUGCACUCCGCGCAGGCCGGCUACAUGGAGAAGGCACACAAAUACACCGAGAAAGCGCUCGCGCAGAUCGAUAAGCUUACCUCAAAAACAUGCGAAAAGGAUGCUUUGGGUAACGAGAAGUGUGAGAGGGAGGAGAGGGAGCGAGUCCGGAGCCGGAAGGGCGCGAUCUUGGCGUGGCGCCUGCGCAUGGCGCUGGUGGAGCACGCCGCGCUGUGCCGCCUCGUCGCCGGCGGGAAGGCGCACGCGCUGCACGAGAUCGCGCGCGCCGCGCAUCUACUCACACAGGCGCCUGAACCGGCGACGGCGGAGCUGCACACGCCCCAGCUGCACUGCCUGCUGGGACUGUACGCCAUGUCCAUGAACUGCAUGGACGCCGCCGAGGCACAGUUCCACACUGCCAUCAAUAUGUCACAAGAAAGAGAUUUAUGGAUGUUCGCGAAGCUCAACUUGGCGAUUGUAUAUUUACGAGGGAGGAGAGACAGUGAACUGACCAUACUCAUGGAACAGGUGAGGCCCGAAGCGCUACCGGCGUAUGCGCACGGGUUACGAGCUGCCUCCUACUACGUAUUGGGACUGCAAGCUUUCUUCCAGGCUCGGUAUAACGAAGCCAAGAGGUACUUGCGUGAGACGCUGAAGAUGGCGAACGCCGAGGAUCUAAACAGACUGACAUCGUGCUCCCUCGUGCUGCUGGGACAUAUCUUCCUGUCCAUCAACAACUCUCGCGAGAGCAUGAACAUGGUCACGCCCGCCAUGCAGCUGGCCAGCAAGAUACCCGACGUGCACGUGCAGCUCUGGGCAUCUGCUAUAUUGAAAGACUUGUACCGGCUGGCGGGCGACACGGAGCGAGAGAACGAGGCGUACCAGAUGCACUGCAACUUCUCCCAGGCGCUGCUGAAGGACCACUUCCAGGCGACGCAGCUGGCGCAGCACGCGCUGGUGCAGUGGACGAGCGGUCCGCCGCCGGCGCUGCCGCCGCCGCAGCCCUAGUGCGCGUGGGACUGCGCCGGCCCCGACCCGGCGCGCGAGCGCUCUGGUACUACACUCAACCUUAAGAUCACUGUCAUCGGCCUAAGGGGGACCUAUUCCCGGCAGUGAUAUUCCACGCCAGUGACUUAACAGAUGUUCAUAGUGAUAGUGCGGAACCUUGUGACGUGUGCGGACGUUACGAUCUGAUUAUAACGAGGAUACUGCGCGCGUGUUAGUGUGACUGUUCCCGUCGCGGGGCCGAGGGGAUCCGACUAACCUAGCCAGUAAUUAAUAGGUAAAGCUUGAUUUAUACGGUCAAUUAACAUCAUCUUCAUUGUACAUCCUCACCCUUGGGUUUAUCAGUCACGCUGUGGUUAGGGUUGUAGAAUACGGCAAUUAAUAUUGCUCAAUUGUAUCCCCUCAUUCCCCAAAUGUCAUGGAAUAUUUAGAUAAGCUGUGAAACCAACUGCUCCAUUACAUCUCUUUGAAACAUUGGUGUAACAGUUGCUUGGUUUCUGAUGGGCUACAUGACACUGGAUCGUCUCUGAGUGAUUGUUGAGUUUGUAUAAAGUUGUGACAAUAAUAUCAUAUCAGACUAGUAUGUGUCUGGGUGUACCGUGGGUACACCGGCGAUGUCGCGACACCAGGUAUUGCGGCACUCGUCCUGCUACUAUCGUCUAUAUUGGUUCUCAUAAAUGUCUGAUCUCAUUCAUUUAUCAUCAUCACAUGUGAAGCGAGCUGAGGGGAAGUUACCGUAAUCAGUAUCAAAUUAACAAAUGACAUUUCUAUUUAAUGUUUUUUUAUGGGGUUAGAUACAAAAGGCAGUGUCAGUACUUGUCAAAGUUAAUAUGGCUUGUAAGCAUUUUGUUUACAAUUUGUAAAUUAAUUGCUGCACCUACUUAAGUACAAUUAUGUGACUGCCUUAUUGAAGAUAACUGUUAGGAUUGAGCAUGCAGCUGAUCUUCAGUUUUCUGAAUAUACUUUAAAUUUUCUUUUUGUUACUUUCUUUUGUAAAUGUUGUGAGAGACAGUGCUUUACUGCCACUAUAAGUAUAGGUACAUGUGCAAAGUUUGUGUAAACAGUAUGGUAUACUGUUUUGCCGUCCGAGAGGCCCAGCUACACACCUGCACAUGAAAUUAGUGGAGUCUAGCACAAACAGUUUGUACUGUGACAUUACUAUUCACCUUUCAAUGGUUUGCCAUUUCAACAAAACAAGCCUACUUUAAAAAAAGUAGUAUUUCUAGUAGUUGGGCCUUAAUGUGUACAUGCUUGCUUAUAUGAAUAUUGUUGGAGCCUUGAUAAAUGCAGAUGAUACAGUAAUGAAUAGUUACAUUGUUGGUGUUCCCCUGGGAGGUGAAGGGGCGUACUUGGAGUGUAUAACAUGCCUGUCACUUGAUUAACCCUGGAAACAUAGACGACACGCCAAAGGAGAGAGAGCAUAAUAAAUUGUCUUAUUUUGCACAAUACACAGUUGAAUUGUGGACAAAUUUCGAAGUAAACGUUUAUGCAGAUAAUAUGGACUGAUAUAUAAAUUAAUUGUACAUAAUGUGUCAAAAUAUGAACUUGAGAAAGAACAAAAUGUCUCAUAUUUAUUAUUAAUUAUAUUAACAUUUAUUUUAUUAGUUAUUUUCCUUAGUAUCUUGUUAGGAGUGAGUGGAUGUUGUUGAUAUGCUGGUUAAUUAAUUUUAUAGUAGCAUUUGAUUGUUGUAGUUGGUCUCAAUAGAGUGUUUCACCAUAGUACAUAGUGUCACAAUACUGUUGAUAUCUUUCCAUGUUCAUAUUAUUUUUGUAAUAUACUAGAGACAACUGUUUUCCUUAUCCCGAAAUGAUUCUAUUGAGAUUAAACACGACCGACCUCUUUAAUCACACAAUCUUUCGUAAAAACAAAAUGGAAAGAACUCUGUACACAUUUUUUAUUUUAUAGUAAUUCCCUUUCGAACAGUUAGAUGUGGCCUUAGACAAAGGGUACAUUUGCUGUUGUUAAUAUGUAAAUAAAAGUUGAAUUAUUGUAAAUAAUAAAAUUAUAAAAUAUAUGUUUUUUGCUAUA